AUGCAUCCGCCGCCGCCCGCCGCCGCGAUGGAGUUCAGUCAGAACAGUCUGUUCGGCUACAUGGAGGACCUGCAGGAGCUCACCAUCAUCGAGAGGCCGGUCCGCCGGAGCCUCAAGACACCAGAAGAAAUAGAAAGAUUGACAGUUGAUGAAGACCUCAGUGAUAUUGAAAGGGCUGUUUAUCUGCUCAGUGCUGGUCAAGAUAUCCAAGGAACAAGCGUGAUUGCAAAUCUUCCAUUUCUGAUGCGACAGAACCCUGCUGAGACACUUCGGAGAAUCUUGCCAAAAGUCAGAGAGGUCCUGCGUGUUGCAGGAGUGGAAAUGCAGUUAACGGCUGCGGUAUCAUUUUUGACCAUUCUACAGGAAGAAUCAGUGUCGAUUCAUACAUAUGCCCACUCCUUCCUCCAAGUCAUUCUACUGCAUCUGGAGCACAGGGACGCAGGUGUCAGCAACGCAUGGCUGGAAACUCUUCUGUCUGUGAUAGAAGUAUUGCCCAAAGAAACCCUAAGGCAUGAGAUUUUGAAUCCACUUGUUUCCAAGGCACAACUUUCCCAAACAGUCCAGUCUCGUUUAGUUAGUUGUAAAAUUUUAGGAAAAUUGACCAACAAAUUUGAUGCCCUUGUCAUUAAAAGAGAAAUUCUUCCCUUGGUAAAAUCACUCUGUCAAGAUGUAGAGUACGAAGUUCGAUCUUGUAUGUGUCGGCAAUUAGAAAAUAUAGCUCAGGGCAUUGGGACAGAACUUACAAAAAGUGUGGUGCUCCCUGAAUUAAUAGAACUUUCUAGGGAUGAAGGCAGCAGUGUGCGGCUUGCAGCUUUUGAAACUUUGGUUAAUCUGCUCGACAUAUUUGAUACAGAUGACAGAAGUCAAACUAUACUUCCCCUAGUGAAAUCGUUUUGUGAAAAAUCUUUCAAAGCAGAUGAAUCAAUUCUUAUUUCCUUAUCUUUCCAUUUAGGAAAACUAUGCCAUGGACUGUAUGGAAUAUUUACUCCAGAUCAACACUUGAGAUUUUUGGAGUUUUAUAAGAAACUUUGUACAUUGGGUUUGCAACAGGAAAAUGGACACAAUGAAAACCAGCUUCCACCCCAAAUCUUAGAGCAGGAGAAGAAAUAUAUUUCAGUACGGAAGAACUGUGCUUAUAACUUUCCGGCCAUGAUUGUUUUUGUUGAUCCUAAAAAUUUCCACAUGGAUCUCUAUUCUACAUUCUUCUGCCUUUGUCAUGACCCUGAAGUACCAGUCAGAUACACUAUUGCUAUUUGCUUUCAUGAAGUUUCUAAACUUCUGAAUUCUGGAGUGUAUUUAAUACAUAAAGAACUAAUAACAUUAUUACAAGAUGAAUCAUUGGAGGUACUAGAUGCUCUCAUAGAUCAUCUUCCAGAAAUCCUGGAACUUAUGUCUACUGGUGGAGAAAGCAGUGUUCAAGAAAAUAAGUUAUCAUCUCUCCCUGACUUGAUUCCAGCUCUCACAGCUGCUGAGCAGCGAGCUGCAGCCUCUUUAAAGUGGAGAACUCACGAGAAGCUGCUCCAGAAAUACGCCUGUCUGCCGCACAUCAUAUCAAGUGAUCAGAUCUAUUAUCGUUUCUUGCAAAGAAUGUUCACAAUCGUGAUGACAAAUAAUGUCUUACCUGUCCAAAAGGCCGCUUCACGAACUCUAUGCAUUUUUCUACGUUAUAAUCGUAAACAAGAACAGAGACACGAGGUCAUUCAAAAAUUAAUUGAACAACUGGGCCAAGGAAAAAGUUAUUGGAAUAGACUCCGGUUUUUGGAUACCUGUGAAUUUAUUAUAGAGAUCUUUUCCAAAUCAUUUUUCUGUAAAUAUUUCUUUCUACCUGCUAUUGAACUGACACAUGAUCCAGUAGCAAAUGUGAGAAUGAAACUUUGCUACUUGUUGCCCAAAGUGAAAUCUACCCUGAAGAUCCCUGCAGAUAAACAUCUACUUCAACAGUUAGAAAUGUGUGUGAGAAAACUCCUCUGUCAAGAAAAAGAUAAAGAUGUUCUGGCCACCGUGAAAAGAACUGUGUUAGAGUUGGACAGAAUGGAAAUGUCCAUGGACGCUUUUCAGAAAAAAUUUUAUGAAAAAGAUUUGUUGGAUCAAGAGAAAGAAAGAGAAGAGCUACUUCUUUUGGAAAAGGAACAAUUAGAAAAAGAAAAGCAACAAAAUGAUGGAAGGCCCAUGAGUGAUAAAACCUUUGAAAAGAAACGUAGAGACACCAAGACACCAACAACUCUGCCCAAGAACAUCCCCAUUUCUGUCCCUGGACCCUCUUCUGGCACCCCAUCCACAAGCAAAGAAAUCAAGAAAUCCAAAUUGAUUCGAAGCCAGUCUUUUAAUAAUCAAGCUUUUCAUGCAAAAUAUGGCAACUUAGACAAGUGUGCUGGUAAAAGUUCUACAGCAGCAUAUACACCUUCUGUCUCAGGGUUAACAAAGACUUCUGUGAUUUCACUAACUGAUGAUUCAUUCCGGACUCGUAAUGCCGGCAGUGCUCCCAGUUCCUUUUCCUCUAAUACUCCCAUGCCCAGCACCUCCCGAGGGACAGGUAACUCAGGUGAUCCCAAGAGCAGUGGAAGUAAAGAUACACAACCACGGAAGGCUACCUUAAAAUCCAGAAAAUCCAAUCCUUAAAUCAUCUGCUUGAAGGAGGCAGAACAAAGACAACUGGAGAUAACGUGAUCGAUGGACAAAAGCUAAAGCAAUGGCUCG